AUGAGUCGCCAUCUCCACCCGAAAAUCAAAAUCCCACGUGAAACAUUGUUGAGUGAUCCAUCGCCAUUACGCUUUCUUCUCUGCUAAUUCAUUUUUUUCCAAUCAAUUUCUCAAAUUCGAACUCGAUUUCGCGUUUCAAUCGGAAAAAUGGCCGCCUCUUGUUGCUCCACUGCCGUCUUCUCGAUCUCCCGCUCCCAAACUCGCUGCCAAGUUGUGGCAGCGACUCAAUUGCCGCAGAUGAACCUGCCCGGGCUCUCGUUUCGGGCUCAGAGGACCCGAAAAUCACUGCGAGUGUCCAGCCAUGGGGAUAGCAGAACUGCAGUUGUCACUGGAAAGUCCUGGGACAAACUGAUCAUAGACAGUGAAUUACCUGUGCUUGUGGAGUUCUACGCGAGUUGGUGUGGACCCUGCCGCAUGGUUCAUCGAGUAAUUGAUGAGAUAUCCACUGAGUACUCAGGGAGGCUGAAAUGCUUUGUUCUUGAUGCGGACACUGAAUCACAAAUUGCUGCAGACUACGACAUCAAGGCUGUGCCGGUGGUCUUGCUGUUCAAGAAUGGUGAGAAACGCGACACUGUUGUUGGCACCAUGCCAAAGGAUUUCUAUGUGGCUGCCAUUGAAAGGGUUCUGUCUUCAUAGAUCUGUGAAUUGGCUAUCAGAAUAGGAAGAUUGAGAAUUUUAUGCUUCGUCUGUCAAAUGAAUUUCCUUAUAAUUUUGUACGGUACAAUACAUUGCCUUCUUCUCUGCGCACGCCGAGAGUUACUACUGUAGAAAAACACUCGUUCGUGAGGCAUACGACCGUUAACGCCACCCGUCUGUGAUCUUUCAAGCGAAGCUCUCUAGUUUUGCCACUUUUGUAUGUACAGGUAUUGGUGUACCUAACUGUUUCUGGUAUUCAAGAAUGUGAAGAUCCAUUUUAGAUGGCUUUUUUCA